GUGGCGGUUUUUUCGACUGUCAACAUCUUAGAGAGUUUGGCUCCAGCUGAUCUAGUUGGAAAAAUAUCCGUCAUUGCUUUUGCUAACUUUGAAUAAAUACCAGCGGAAUUACAUUCGUUGCAGAUUCAUGGAAAAUUACCACCAACGUUAUGCAUCCGCCGGCAAGGGACGGGAGAAGAGCUACCGAAAGAAAGGCUUUGCCGUUGGAGUAGGAGCCUUCUCUUAUGGAGGGCCGGGCCACGAAGACGGAGACCGAAAACCCAAGUUUUUGAACAUUAGAACACUUACGGAUGAUGUGUUGGACAGAUUUGCCAGCAUUCGUAAGCCUGGAACUAAAAAGGAACGACCGUACCUUUCUCAAGUCACACCUUCCCUGCUUGAAGACUUUUCCUGUCAAAUCACGUCAGAGAAUGAGAUCCUGGUCUUAUUUGAGAAGAUGAUGGAAGACAUGAACUUAAACGAGGAUAAAAAAACACCUUUAAGAGAAAAGGACCUCAAUUUGAAAAGAGAAAUGGUCAUUCAGUACAUUAACACAGCAUCUAACCCGGGCAGCCUGAAAAGCAGCCAUCAGAUUUCUCCACAGGAGUUUCUUAGUGAGCUGAAAACUGGGACGGUGGACGAGAGACUCUUUGCCUGUCUGGAGUCCCUCCGGGUUUCCCUGACCAGCAACCCAGUCAGUUGGGUUCAGAGUUUUGGUCAUGAAGGACUGGGGUUACUUCUGGACACGUUGGAGAAGCUGCAGCACAAAAGGCAUCAAGAAAGAAUUAUCAAGAAAAGUCAGCAUAAAGUAAUCCAGUGUCUGAAGGCAUUCAUGAACAACAAGUAUGGCCUGGAGCGGAUGCUUUGUGAGGAGAAGAGCCUGGGACUGCUGGCUGCGGCCGUCGACCCUGCCCAGCCUGCCAUGAUGACAGACGCCGUCAAACUGCUGUCAGCUGUCUGCAUCGUAGGCGAGGAGAACAUUUUGGAGAAGGUCCUGGAAGCCCUGAGUACUGCUGGGGAGUGGCGAGGCAUUGAGAGGUUCAGCCCCAUUGUGGAAGGUCUCCGCGAUCGUUCUGUGCAGCUGCAGGUCGCCUGUAUGCAACUCAUCAAUGCUCUCGUUACGUCGCCUGAUGAGCUGGACUUCAGGCUGCACAUCAGAAAUGAGUUUGUGCGGUGUGGUCUCAAAGAGGUAUUGCCGCGGCUGAAUGAUAUCAGGAACGAUGGUCUGGACAUUCAGCUGAAGGUGUUUGAGGAGCACAAAGAGGAAGACAUAACCGAGUUCUUCCAUCGGCUGGAGGACAUUCGCAGUGAGCUGGAUGAUGUUACCGAUGUAUUCAACAUUGUUCAGAGCUCUGUGAAGGGCACGUGUGCAGAAGGUUAUUUCCUCUCCAUUCUCCAGCACUUGAUGCUCAUCAGAAAUGAUUAUUUUGUACGGCCCCAGUACUUUAAGAUUAUAGAGGAGUGCAUUGCCCAGAUUGUGCUGCAUCGCAGUGGCACGGACCCUGACUUCACCUACCGCAAACGCCUUGAUGUAGACUUCAGUCACCUCAUAGAUGUGUGCGCUGAUAAAGCGCAGAUCGACGAGUGCGAGCAGAGGCUGUCGGAACUGGCCGAGAGACUUGAUGAGGAGUACAUGGGUAGACAGGAGGCCCAAGCUGACCUGGCCAAGAAGAAUGAAAGAAUCAGAGAACUUGAAGCUGAAUUACAGUCUUUUGGAUUACAGUUUGGGGCCCUUCCUGUUGGCACUAAUCCUCAAGUGGCCCCGCCCCCUCCUCCUCUCCCAGGGGGGACAGGACCCUGCCCUCCUCCACCACCACCACCACCACCACCUCCUUUCCCGGGCUGUAACCCUGCAGCACCUUCCCACACCCCUGGGGCUCCGCUUCCCUGUGGAGUUCCUCCUCCUCCACCCCCACCCGGCAUUGGUGGGCUGCUGUCCUGCUUACCUCACAGUGUGCUGCCAUUCGGCUUAAGGCCUAAGAAAGAGUUUAAGCCUGAUGUCACCAUGAAACGUCUAAACUGGUCAAAGAUCCUACCACAAGAGAUGUCUGAGAAGUGUUUCUGGGUUAUGGCAAAUGAGGAGAAGUAUGAAUUUCCUGAUCUUCUUGACAAGCUUGCCCGUACUUUUGGUUCCCAGAAACACCAAAACAAAGUGGAGGAGGAACAGGAGGAUAAACAUAUUAAAAAAAGGAUAAAAGAGCUUAAAGUCCUGGAUCCAAAAAUGGCUCAAAACUUGUCUAUCUUUUUGGGCUCCUUUCGAUUACCAUAUCAAGAGAUAAAGAGAAUUAUACUGGAGGUUGAUGAAGAGAAUUUAACUGAGUCCAUGGUCCAGAACCUGGUGAAGCAUCUUCCUGAGCAGGAGCAGCUCAAUGCUUUGGCCAAAUACAAGCGGGAGUACAGCAGCCUGUCAGAGCCGGAGCAGUUUGGCGUGGUGAUUAGCAGUGUCAAGCAGCUUCGCCCACGGCUGAAUGGCAUCCUGUUCAAGCUCCAGUUUGAGGAGCAGGUGACUAACAUCCGGCCAGACAUCAUGGCUGUGAGCGCGACCUGUGAGGAAAUCCGCAAGAGCAAGAGCUUCUGCAAGCUGUUGGAGCUCAUCCUGCUUACGGGCAACUACAUGAAUGCUGGUUCCCGCAAUGCACAGUCCUUUGGGUUUGAUCUCAGCUCCCUCUGCAAACUGAAGGACACCAAAUCAGCAGAUCAGAAGUCUACCCUGCUGCAUUUCUUGGCUGAAGUGUGUGAGGAGAGGUGUCCUGAGGUGCUGAAGUUUGUUGAGGAUCUUCAACAUGUUGACAAGGCUAGUCGAGUAUCUGCUGAACACCUGGAAAAGAACCUGAAACACAUGGAGAGGCAGCUUCUGCAGCUGGAGAACAAUCUGAAGAGCUUUGCUGCUCAGGAGGACCCACAGGACGCGUUUGUCCCGAAGAUGGCCAGCUUUGCUGCACAGGCCAGGGAGCAGUAUGAGAAGCUCGACAUUAUGCAUACGAAUAUGAUCAUGCUGUACAAGAACCUACUCGAGUACUUUGCUGUUGAUCCCAAGAAGACAUCGGUGGAGGAGCUCUUCAGCGAUAUCAGCAGCUUCCGAUCUAUGUUCAUGCAAGCGGUGAAGGAGAAUGCGAAGAUGAGGGAGGCUGAGGAGAAGCAGCUUCGUGCCAGACUGGCCAAGGAACAAGCAGCGCUGGAGAAGCGGCAGAGGCAGCAGCAGAAGAGGAGGCUUCUGGAGGUGGACACAGAGAAUGAUGAGACAGGAGUGAUGGACAGUCUGCUGGAGGCCCUGCAGUCCGGAGCUGCAUUCAGGGACAGGCGGAAGAGAGCACCCCGACCACGAGAUCCCCGGCAAAGUCUCAGUCCAACUUCUCAGAGGCUUAUUCUGAAGUCUUGUAACCAUGAAAACAUGAAAGCACCUUUGCAAAGGUCACGGUCUCGGCAGAAUAUCAAUUUCAACUCGACAAGAGCACCCAUCGGCAAGGAGCUUAAUUACGAGCCUGAGCCUCAUUCAUCUGCCGCCCAGAGUAAAGUGCCUGUGAGACAGGGGGCCGUCGGUGGAGCCAGCUGGGAAAAAGAGAGGGUACCGGAGGCACAGUCCAUAGCCUGCUCUCCCAGCGUGGAGAGUGACGUUGAGGCCCUCCUGGCCCGAUUGAGGGCUCUGUAGUACAGCACAGUCAGGGGAACAGGGCUCUUUGUACUCCCUUUGUUUUCCUAAUCAAACACAGGUUACCAACCUUUCCUGGUAAGUCACCAGAAUCCUUUAACUCACAGUAAAAAUGUGGGCUGUGGCUAUUUCUCUAAAUAGGGCAGUAAUGUCCACAAGUGUAGUGAUUUAACCUUCCUUCAGGAUUGACAUUGGUUAAAACGAAAGCACUUUGUAAUGUUUGAAUGCUGUCCUGCAUUUGAAAUGACUAAUUUUCUAAUUAGUGUUGCUAGUGUUAUACUGGCAGACUGAAUUAUUGCUUUAUCUUACGACAAUCCCACAGGAUAUUCAGAGAUUAGUCAUUGUUAAAAAUUUGCUUUUAAGGCAUUGCAAGCACAUUUUGUUCUUUUAAAAAUGUCUAAUAAAUUAUAUGAAAUUA